AUGAACUCUGGUAUCAACCGCGAUGAAUUUGAACCUACAGCCCAGAGGAAUUGUGAUUCUCAAAUGGAGACCGAGCUGCUAUGUCCAAAAGGGUUCCGAAAUUUGCUGCCAGAGACUGACACUUUCAUUUUUGACGCGGACGGAGUGCUUUGGCUUGGAGAUGAUGUAAUACCCGGUGCUCCUCAGCUUCUGGACUUUCUUGUGAAGAACAAUAAGCGUGUAAUCGUUCUAACAAAUAAUGCAACCAAAUCGCGAGCACAAUACGCAAGGAAACUAGCCAGCCUUGGCUUCAGUUCAAAACUAGACAAGCAUUUGAUAGUGAAUCCAGCCGCCGUAGUAGCUGAUACCUUAUAUCGAGCCGGGCUUUCUAAGAAUGGCAAGAAAGUGUAUUUAAUAGGUGCUAAGGGGCUGAACGAUGAGAUGGAUAAUCUUGGUAUCCCAUACUUCGGACAUGGCCCGCAACUUGAGGACGAUUCUGAUGAUAGUGCCAUAAUGUAUGCUAUAAAGUUGGAGGAAGAGCCUUCAAAGGUGGGAGCUGUGGUGGUCGGGUACGACAGGUACUUCAAUUACCAAAAACUCAUGAAAGCAGCCAAUUAUUUACAACAACGACGUUGCCUAUUUCUUGCAACAAAUGAGGAUGAGACUUGCCCGGGACCUAAUCCCAGCAUUAUUAUUCCCGACGCAGGUUUGUGAAG